GGUUAUGCCUCGAAAGCAGCCUCAGCCUGAUAAAUACACUCAAGCUCUUCGUAAAGCUCUCAUGUUCUUCAAUGCUCAACGCUCUGGACCUCUCCCUAAGCAUAAUAAUGUUUCUUGGAGAGGAGAUUCUGGUAUGAAAGACGGGUUUAUUGGCCAAAAUCUAGUAGGUGGUUUCUGUGAUGGUGGAGAUGCUAUCAAGUUCAACUUUCCACAAUCUUUUGCAAUGACUAUGUUGAGUUGGAGUGUAAUUGAAUACAGUGGAAAAUACAAAGCUGCUGGUGAGCUUAACCAUGUAAAGGAGAUUAUCAAGUGGGGUACUGAUUAUCUCCUUAAGACUUUUGAUAGUUCUGCUGAUACCAUUGACAGGAUUUAUGCACAG